ACUCUCGGCUUCGUGGUCUGUGGGUUCUUUGUUUACACAACAUUGAUGGACCCUGUGAAAAUCCGCUCAUGUGUGCUUCGGUUCGGUAUUGACCAUGGUACUUUUAUGAUAUGAAUUAGUUAAAUGGGAUUGCUAUAUAAGUCAUACCAUGGCAAUAUUCUGAAGAUUCCAAGCAAUCAUCAUGCACUCAUCGAGUUCGCAUGCCACGGGUAUAACGCUAGAAGAAUUCGUAUAUGCAGCGAAGGAUUUCAUUGAAUUAUCAGACAAGUUUUUGGACAGCUGGACCAUUUACCAGAACGACAACGAAUUAUUGCACACGCAUAUUAAAAAGGAGGAGUUCGUCAGUCAUCGAGAUGAGACUGGGAGGGUGUUUUUGUACCGCGCGGAGUACGUCAUAUUUUACAACUUGAGCUAUGGUGUUCCAUCUUUCAGUUUCAAUGUUUGGGACUGCUCGGGGAAGCUGUUGACUUUGGAAGAAGUUAGAGAAAUAUCGUUAAUGAAAAUAAGCAAAGAAGAUUUCUACUCAGUGGUGACACAACAAGAGCAUCCUGUAUUAUAUCGACCAUAUUUCAUAAUCCAUCCAUGUCACACGGCCAACCUGUUGUCUAUGUUCAAGAAGAAGAGUAGAAACCUCAUCAUCACAUUCCUUGGUCUUAUAACGCCACUGAUCCAGCUGAAUUUACCAUUAGAAUAUGGUUUAUGAUUAAAGAUGAUUAAUAUUCAUUAAUUGAACAUUAUCAAUUAAUUAAUAUUCAUUUAAUUAUAAACAUUAUCAAUUAAUUAAUAUUAAUUAUAAGAUAUUAAUUGCAUUUUUAUGCACUUAUGUUGAAAUACAAUCUAUAUACAAGGAAUAAAAUAAUGUCGUAUGUUUAAUAAA